UUCCCCUGUGAAUUUGGCAGAUCAAUCUGAAGCGUCGUGCGUGCGGGCUAGAGCAAUGGAGGCAGAGCAUCCCGGCUGCCGCGCGGCCGCCACCGACGAGGACGACGAGUCGCCGGUGGAGCAGGUCCGGCUGACCGUGCCGACGACCGACGACCCGUCGCUGCCGGUGUGGACGUUCCGGAUGUGGACCAUCGGGGUCCUCUCGUGCGCGACGCUCUCCUUCAUCAACCAGUUCUUCUCCUACCGCUCAGAGCCCAUCGUCAUCACGCAGAUCACCGUCCAGGUGGCGGCGCUGCCGAUAGGGCACUUCUUGGCGCGGGUGCUGCCGGAGAGGAAGUUCACGGUGUUCGGCUGGGAGUGCUCGCUGAACCCUGGCCCCUUCAACGUGAAGGAGCACGUCCUGAUCUCCAUCUUCGCCAACGCCGGCGCCGCGUUCGGCAACGGCGGCGCCUACGCCAUCGACAUCAUCAACAUCAUCAAGGCGUUCUACCGGCGCAACAUCUCCUUCCCCACCGGCCUUCUCCUCGUCAUCACGACUCAGGUGUUGGGUUACGGAUGGGCAGGGCUGAUGAGGAAGUACGUGGUGGAGCCGGCGCACAUGUGGUGGCCGCAGAGUCUCGUGCAGGUUUCUCUCCUGAGGGCGCUACACGAGAAGGAGAACCUGCGGAUGACGCGGGCCAAGUUCUUCCUGAUCGCGCUGAUCUGCAGCGCGGCGUGGUACGUGGUGCCGGGGUACCUGUUCCCGACCGUGGGGGCGGUGUCGUGGCUGUGCUGGGCGUACCCGAGGUCGGUGACGAUGCAGCAGGUCGGGUCGGGGAUGAGCGGCCUCGGCGUCGGCGCCUUCACGCUCGACUGGGCCACCGUCGUCUCCUUCCUCGGGAGCCCGCUGGUGUACCCGUUCUUCGCCAUCGUCAACGUCUGGGCGGGCUUCGUGCUCUUCGCCUACAUCAUGCUGCCCGUCGCCUACUGGGCGCUCAACCUCUUCCAGGCCAGCACGUUCCCGCUCUUCUCCGCCCACCUGUUCGACCGCGCCGGCCAGGAGUACAACAUCUCCGCCAUCGUCAACGACCGGUUCGAGAUCGACCCGGACGCCUACGCGCGGCAGGGCAGGAUCCACCUCAGCCUCUUCUUCGCCAUCUCCUACGGCCUCGGCUUCGCCACCAUCGCCGCCACCCUGUCCCACGUCGCCCUCUUCUAUGGAAAGGAGAUGUACCAGAAGUUCAGGAAGGCGGCCAGGGAGAAGCCGGACGUGCACACGAGGCUGAUGAGGAGGUACGAGGACAUCCCCAACUGGUGGUUCUACGGCAUGCUCGCGCUGGCCAUGGCGACGUCGCUGGUGCUCUGCACCGUCUUCAAGGACGAGGUGCAGCUGCCGUGGUGGGCGCUCCUCGCGGCCAUGGCCGUCGCCUUCUUCUUCACGCUCCCCAUCAGUGUCAUCACCGCCACCACAAACACGACGCCGGGGCUGAAUAUCAUCACGGAGUAUGUCAUGGGACUGAUCAUGCCAGGGAAGCCGAUAGCCAACGUGUGCUUUAAGGUUUAUGGUUACAUCAGCAUGAACCAGGCCGUCUCCUUCCUCACAGACUUCAAACUCGGCCACUACAUGAAAAUUCCUCCGAGAUCCAUGUUUCUAGUCCAGUUCAUCGGGACGAUCGUGGCUGGGACGGUGAACAUGGCGGUGGCGUGGUGGCUGCUGUCGACGGUGCCGCACAUCUGCGACAGGAAGCACCUGCCGGCCGGGAGCCCGUGGACGUGCCCGGGCUCCCGCGUGUUCUUCGACGCGUCGGUGAUCUGGGGCCUGGUCGGGCCGCGCCGCAUCUUCGGGCCGCUGGGCUACUACGGCAGCCUCAACUGGUUCUUCCUCGGCGGGCUGGCCGGGCCGGCGGUGGUGUGGCUGCUGGCCAGGGCGCUGCCGCGGCACGCCGGCUGGAUCAGGCUCAUCCACCUGCCCGUGCUCCUCGGCGCCACGGCCAACAUGCCGCCGGCGUCGACGCUCAACUACACGGCGUGGUGCUCCGUCGGCGCCGUGUUCAACUACCUAGUGUUCCGGCGCCGCAAGGCGUGGUGGCAGCGCUACAACUACGUGCUGUCGGCGGCGCUGGACGCCGGCGUGGCCAUCAUGGGCGUGCUCAUCUUCUUCUGCCUCUCCAACCGGGACAUCACCAUCGACUGGUGGGGGACCAGCUCCAGCAACAUCGAUCACUGCGACCUCUCCACCUGCCCCACCGCCAAGGGAGUCAUCGUGGACGGCUGCCCCGUUUUCUGACCGAUCAUCCAACGUACUUUACUGCCUCUCCGUAGAUGUUCUGUAAAUCAAUCAGAGCAAACAAAACAGUGCUCGUUUAAAUAUUGGCAGUUCUUUAUUUAGAGUUGUAUAUAGUAUGAACUAUGAAACAUCGUUGAGUUUUACUAUUAGUCAUAACACUACUAGGUAACAGGUAUCCAGAUGCUCUUUAUGUUUUUUUUUGUGUUCGAUGAGAUGCAUCUUUUCUUCUGCUGGAUAUUACUACUACUACUGGCAUUGGUUACUCCCAGUGGAGUUAUACAUGCGCACAGACUGUGAGUACCAGAGCUUAAUGUGUAA